CAGGUACUUCCACUGAGUCAAACUGCAGAUGAUGAAGAAGAACAGCAGCUCCUUCAGCCGCCUUGGAGGAACUGAAGAGGAGUCAAGAUUAAUCCAAAAGGCAAAUAUGGCAAACAUGUCCUCAUUCUCAUCAGACCUUCAUGACCUGAAUGAGCCCAUCAUCAACCACUCAGAGGGGCAACUGUUUCUGAGCGAAGCGUUCAAAAUUAUAGUGGAGGAGGUGCUCUGCAAGGGCACCGACGUCAACGAGAAGGUUUGUCAGUGGAAGGAGCCAGAGGAGCUGGCAGCGCUGUUGGACCUGGAACUGAGGGAGACCGGAGAACCCCAACAUCAGCUGCUACAGAGAAUAAAAGAUGUAGCCAAGUACAGCAUAAAGACAAGUCACCCACGGUUUUUUAACCAGCAGUUUGGUGGGGUUGACUAUCACUCCUUGGCUGGUCGGUUCCUCAGUGAGACUCUCAACACUAACCUCUUCACUUAUGAAGUGGCCCCGGUGUUUAUUCUGAUGGAGAGCGAGGUUUUGCGAGGGCUGCGUCUGCUGGUGGGCUGGACACAUGGUGACGGUCUGUUCUGUCCUGGGGGGUCUACGUCUAACAUGUACGCCAUGAAUCUGGCCCGUUACCAACUCUUCCCAGAGGUCAAAAGCCAGGGGCUGUGGGGUCUACCGCGACUAGCCAUCUUUACGUCUCCAGAGAGUCAUUACUCGGUGAAAAAAGGGGCUGCAUUUCUAGGAAUCGGCACAGACAAUGUCAUCUUGGUCAAAGUGGAUGAUGGAGGCCGCAUGAUUCCAGAGGACCUGGAUGAAAAAAUAAAACAGGCAAAAUCUCAAGGUGCAGUGCCCUUUCUUGUCAGCUGCACAUCAGGAACCACAGUGCAGGGUGCCUUUGACCCACUUGACCACAUAGCCGAUGUGUGUGAGAAACACAAGCUGUGGAUGCAUGUGGAUGCUGCCUGGGGAGGGAGUGUCCUCUUUUCCAAGCAACACAGACAUCUGAUGAAAGGGGUUGACAGAGCCAAUUCAGUGGCUUGGAAUCCACACAAGAUGCUCGUGGCUGGCUUACAGUGUUCAGUCCUGCUGCUGAGAGAUACCACGAAUUUGUUGAAGCAGUGCCACAGUGCCAAUGCCACAUACCUUUUCCAGCAAGAUAAGUUCUAUGAUGUGAAUCUGGAUGUCGGGGAUAAAUCGGUACAAUGCAGCCGUAAGGUUGACUGUCUGAAGUUGUGGUUGAUGUGGAAAGCUGUGGGCUCCAGUGGUUUGGCAGAGCGUGUAGACAAGGCUUUUGUCAAUGUGAGGUAUCUGACAGAGAAGAUGAAGAAAAGAGAAGGUUUCCAGAUUCUGAGAGAGCCAGAAUUUGUGAAUCUUUGCUUCUGGUAUAUACCACCAAGUCUGAGGGGGAAGGAGAAAAACGAAGAUUACCAAGAAAAACUGGCAAAAGUAGCUCCUGUCAUUAAAGAACGUAUGAUGAAACAAGGCUCAAUGAUGGUCGGAUAUCAGCCUCUGGGAAACAAAGUCAACUUUUUUCGCGUGGUUGUUUUUUCACCUCUACUUUCUACAAAAGACUUGGACUUCUUUCUUAAUGAAAUUGAGAGACUGGGAAACGAUAUGUGACAUCAUUUAUUCACCAUGUCAUCUUAUUGUACUUUACACCACUGAAUAUCAAUUUAAUAAUGCAACACAUGGUGAUCCUUGACUUAUCCAUCCUAUGACUUCUUAAACACUCAUGUCAUUUUUUUUUUUUUUUGUAGUUUAUCAGUCUUCAGUGAGAAAUGUUUAAAUAACUAGAAUGAUCUAUGAUAUAAAAAUGUAUUACUUAAUAAGUUAGUAACUAAAUGUUAAGUAAGAGUUAAUGCUGUUUUCUCAAAAUUGUGAUGCACUAAGAAACACACUGAAGAAUUAUUGUAGGCUCUGUGCUGACAUAUGCAAGAAUUUAUACUGUGAUAUGAGCCGCAAAAAAAUAAGUUAGUGAAAUAG